GUUCGGUGGGAAAUGCUGCUUGGUGGUCAGUUACGAAUUGGCUCGGAUCUGGUCGGUCGUCUCCUUCUCUCCACUCUCAAUGGCCGAAUCUUCGUCGCUGCAACAUUCGCCCAAUGGCUACGGGACACUGACCAUCACUCCAACGCUUGGAAGCACCAAGGCUGAUGAUCGCUAUCGCCGCUCGCAGGUCUCGCACGCGUUCCUGCUCAAGAAGGAGGCGGACGUGGAGGAGCAGCGUCUGGCCUCGCCCUCAAACGCCAUUCUGCGCGUGCAGGUCGCCAUCAACGCGUCGCUCGCAGCCAAUGUGGCUCUCGCUAUUGUCAAGAUCUACGCGGCCUUCACUAGUGGCUCACUGGCUGUACUAUCGUCACUUGUGGAUUCCAUACUGGAUCUCACAUCGCAAGCUCUCUUCUGGUACUCGGACAAGCGGAUGCACACCCCGAGUGUCAAGUAUCCAGCCGGCAGACGACGCCUCGAGCCGAUUGCAGUCAUUAUUUCAGCCACCCUGAUGGGAAUGGCAGCUAUUGAGGUGAUUCAGCAGUCGGUGGAGGCUCUAGUCAAGGGCUUUAAAGGCCACCAGCGGGAACUGGACUUCUCUUCGUUCACCAUGAUCGUGCUGCUGGUUGCAAUUGUCAUCAAGUUACUGCUGUGGCAUAUCUGCACCAAGAUCGCGUCCCAUUCGCCUUCAGCCGAUGCUCUGGCCCAGGACCACCGCAACGAUGUCUUUAGUAAUUCGGUGGCUGUCGCUGCUGCCUUCGCUGCUCACUGGCACUCGAAUCUCUGGUAUCUGGAUUCUAUUGGUGCCAUCGUCAUCUCAGUGUACAUCGCUGUUAGCUGGUUAGCAACAGGGAAAGAACAGGUGGAGCGACUAGUUGGCCUUCAGGCCGACCAGGAGUUUAUUGACCAGAUCCGUUUGCUGGGCGACGUCCACCACCCCAUGAUGAGGACGGACAUAGUGAGAGCGUAUCACUUCGGGAACAACUAUUUGGUGGAGAUGGAGGUCAUCUUGCCAGAGGAUAUGUGCGUCAAGGAUGCCCACGACAUCAGUCUGAGCUUGCAGGAUAAAGUGGAGGCACUGGACAAUGUGGAGCGAGCUUUUGUGCAUGUGGACUACCUAGAACGCAACUACGACGAGCACAAGGACCCCACAAUUCGUCGCGAUUCCCCGUAGCAGACUGUAAAGAACACGGGUAUACUAUAGCAAAAAGAGGCGAUCACGUUUACCAAAAUAAGUUGAGAAAUGGCUUCGAGUAGCAGUUAUAGUGGGGGACGACCAUUGAUACAGGCUUAAGCUGGUCGACCUGACUUCGCCUCCAUUUCGAUGCAUAUGCUUCGAAUGAUCACUCAUUCCACUGCAACCGUGGCA